UAGAUCUGUGCUGAGAAACAAACUUCAUCCGUGGAAUUGAAGUAACCCUGUGGAAAGCAGAGAUAUCACUUGCCAAAAGUAAAUACAUUGGCUGCUGAAUAAUCUUUACAGGCAUGACACACACAAUCGCAUGGUACAAGUCAACAUCAAGCAAAGCAGAGAUUCAUGAAGAAAAAUACAUUGUUACUUUAUCAAAUCAUCAGUCAGCAUUCCACAAAGGAUUGCCUUGCAGAAAGUGGUAAUACUGUUAAAGAACACACUGUAUGCUACCUUACAUAAUUACUAAAUCCUGGAUUCGGACUGGAAGAACAUAAGCAAGUGGACUUAUUUAAACUUGUUGCAAUUGUCAUCAGGCAUACAUGGAUGACGUUUACAAGUGGGAGGACACCAAAUUAGCACUGAUGGUCUCAAUACCAAAUGGCGAUGAUGACAAUCAAACUGUUAAUGAAUCAAAAUGUGGGAUAAACUAUACAAACUCUUAUCUUAUUCUUCAGGAGAGCCAGAAAACAACCAUCACCAUUAUAUUUGCGAUACUUGGGACCUUAACUUUCUUGGAAAAUGCAUUUAUGCUAUCACUGAUACUUACCUCUAAGCGUCUCAGGAACAAACCUUCCUAUUUAUUUCUCAGCAGCCUGGCACUUGCAGAUCUCUUUGCUAGCAUUCUGUUUUCAUAUAGUUUUCUUGAAUUCCAUAUUUCUGAACAGAAUGAGUCAAAAGAAAUGUUCUUAUUCAAGCUUGGAAGUGUCACAAUGUGUUUUACUGCUUCUGUUGGCAGUCUUUUGCUGACUGCUGUUGAUCGGUAUGUUUGUAUCCAGAGACCGGCUGACUACAAGUCUGUUGUUUCAAAGAAAAGUGCCCUGAUUGCUUUAGCUGUAUUGUGGAGUAUUACAAUGAUAAUAUCCUACCUUCCUCUGAUGGGAUGGAACUGUUGCAGACCAAAUUCAGUUUGCUCAAAGUUAUUUCCUUAUGUCGACAACACAUACUUAGCCUAUUGGGUAUGCUUUGUAAUAGUUGUACUGGUAUUAAUAGUUUAUGCUUAUAUUCAUAUUUUGUGGAAGGCUCACCAGCAUACAAAAUAUAUGAAGAGGCAUCAGCAUCAUUUGAAUCAGCGGCAAGUUAAAAUGAGAAUGGACAUUAAGCUUGCCAAAACUCUGGGGGUAAUUCUGCUCAUUCUUAUCACUUGCUGGUCUCCCGUGUUGGCAUUUAUGGUACAUGACUUGCUUUCUAAAGUCGAUGACAACACAAAGAAAGUAUUUGCUUUCUGCUGCACUUUAUGCCUCUUAAAUUCAAUGGUGAAUCCCCUUCUCUAUGGAUUGAGAAGUAGGGAUUUACGCAUGGAGCUGAAGAAUGUUUUUUCCAGCAACUGCAGAAAUCCAGCAGUACCAGAGUGCAGUCAAGACUCAGAUGGCACUCGUAAAACAUCGCCUAUCGAGACAAUCUGUGAUGCACUUCAAGAACAGGAGAGCUGUGAUUCUGAGGCCACAGAAAGGAACCACGCUCUUAAAGAAGAAAAAUGCUUGAAUUCCAUUUCCCAGCAGGCAUAAACUGCCUUUCUACAAUAUGGAAAGUAUGAGGGCUGAAGUUGUUUCAUGAGAAACAUGUUAUACAUACAAAGGAAGAAGUUCAAAUGAAAGACACAAAGCAAUGAGGUCCUAGUCAAAAAGUAUUUAUUUUAGGUGAUUAUAUACUCUAUAGGUCAGAAAUGAGAAGAAUCACAUCUAAAAAUAUAUCAAAUAAAUCAUGAGGGAAUUGUUCAGUCUCACUGGUCUUUGUACAUGUCAGAAAAUGCAGUUGUGCUCAAUGAAAUGCAAUAUUAAUGGAAUAUCACUGUUUUUAAACUGCCAGAAACGUUUGUGCCAUUUCUUUGAUAAUGAUUCACUAAUAAAACAAUUAAGAGUA